AUGUAUUCUCUAGCUCCCCCUUCACUCUCAUCGUCGGCAAUCAGAACACUGGAUCAUCAGGAUAACCCCUAUCAUCUUCAAGACUUUGAAGACCCCUAUGUCCAGUCACUUUCCGACAUUCGAUCCAUUUCUAAUUCACUUACAGGCAACCAAACUCAUGACGUCGCCACUCAACUUCCAUCGUUUCAAGCUUUCGCCCGUCACCAAGAAAACACACAUAAACAUAUCAACAUUGCCACUUAUGAAUACAACCCCUAUGACCAACCAUUGUCUAUUGGAUCAAUAGAGAACCACCGCAAUACUUCCCAACCCACCGCUGACAGAGUUUAUGAGGGUUAUGGUUUGCCACCUUCAAAACCUCAUAUACGUCCGGCGUUGUUAACCGGGACUACCACCACUCAUCAUAACGUUGUUCCACGACCCUAUGGUCAAAUGAGUGUGACUAGUAAAGGUAUGAAAAAUAUUGUGCCGCCGGAUUACUAUAUGCAACAAAUGUACAAGUGA